AUUGACAGGGGGCAGUUUCCUGGCGAGGCCCACGUUACAGCAGCAACACCUGCACUUGUUCCACCACAACAAGGUCUGUCGCGCACCCCUCACUCCUGAAGUGACAGGAAGGGAGGGAAGACUGAGUCCAGACAAUCCUGGGGACCUAGAAAGUCACCGGCUCCCUCAGAGCGCUUCCCGCGCAGGCCGGAAUCUGGCGACACCCGGAAAAAGCGCGACCCAGAAAGAAAAGCUCCCCAAGAGACGGCUAGGCCGUACAGACUCAGGCCGGGCCGACGGCCUCCACAGGGGCUUUCCCGAAAGGAAGCUUCCCUGAACCGGAGCCGAGGGAGAGGGCACAGGCGGCCCGGCCUCCCCGCCCGGUGUGACGGGAGGGACCGCCCCAGGCGCUAAGGGGGCCGCGCCGUCCCCGCCUCGCGUCCUCGCCUACGUCGUGGGAGAAGCUGCGCGGGGCGGAGCGCGGCCGCCGGGGCGCGAGAGGAAGCGACUCGGGCUCCAGAGGCCGGCGAAGGCUCCGGCCCGGGACGCUGCGGCCGGCGGGGACGGCGGGGGAUGGGCGGCCUGGUGACCUAGCGUCCGGCGGGACCCGCGCCGCCGCCGCCGUCGCCAUGAACGGGGAGCCUAUCUGCAGCGCUCUGCCCACCAUCCCGUCCCACAAGCUCGCCGACCUGCGCUACCUGAGCCGCGGCGCCUCGGGCACGGUGUCGGCCGCCCGCCACGCUGACUGGCGAGUCCAGGUGGCCGUGAAGCACCUGCACAUCCACACCCCGCUGCUCGACAGUGAAAGAGAUGAUGUCUUAAGAGAAGCUGAAAUUUUACACAAAGCCAGAUUCAGUUAUAUCCUUCCAAUUUUGGGCAUUUGCAUUGAGCCUGAAUUUUUGGGAAUAGUUACUGAAUACAUGCCAAACGGAUCACUGAACGAACUCCUACACAGGAAAACUGAAUAUCCUGAUGUUGCUUGGCCAUUAAGAUUUCGCAUCCUGCAUGAAAUUGCACUUGGUGUAAAUUACCUACACAAUAUGAAUCCUCCUCUACUCCAUCAUGACUUGAAGACUCAAAAUAUUUUGUUGGAUAAUGAAUUCCACGUUAAGAUUGCAGAUUUUGGUUUAUCAAAAUGGCGCAUGAUGUCCCUCUCACAGUCACGUGGUAGCAAGCCUUCACCAGAGGGAGGGACAAUUAUCUAUAUGCCACCUGAGAACUAUGAACCUGGACAAAAAACAAGGGCCAGCGUGAAACAUGAUAUAUAUAGCUAUGCAAUUAUCACAUGGGAAGUGUUAUCCAGAAAACAGCCUUUUGAAGAAGUCACCAAUCCUUUGCAGAUCAUGUAUAGUGUAUCACAGGGACGUCGACCUGACACUAAUGAAGAAAGUUUGCCACUUGAUAUACCUCAUCGAGCUCUGAUGAUCUCACUAAUAGAACGUGGAUGGGCACAAAACCCAGAUGAACGACCAUCUUUCUUGAAAUGUUUGAUAGAACUUGAACCACUUCUGAGAACAUUUGAAGAGAUAACUUUUCUUGAAGCUGUUAUCCAGUUAAAGAAAACAAAGUUACAGAGUACUUCAAGUACUAUUCACUUAUGUGACAAAAAGAAAAUGGAGUCGCCCCUGAAUACACCUGUAAAUCAUAGUCCACAGGAGGAGUCAUGUGGAUUCUCUCAGCUUCAUCAAAGCAGUUCUUCUCUGGGAACUUCUAGGUCUCAGUCAGCUCCUCAAAACAAAGAUUUUUUACCUGUAAAAACUCAAGACUGCUCUUCUAUGAAGCUGCAUCACUGUCCAGUAAAUCACAGUUGGGAUAAUAUUGUUUCUGCAAUUCCAGGGGAGUCAUUGUGUGGUCACAGCACCGCCCCGUCUUCUUUAACAGUAAUAAAUCCACUCUUGGCUGAGGGAAAUUCAGUUGUAUAUAAUAGUAUCUUAUGGUAUUGUGUAUUUCUGACAGAAACUAUUUUCACACUCACUUUCUUUGUAUAUUACUUAUUACUUGCCAAGAUGGAAUUUGACGUGAUGAAAUAUAUGCCCUUCAUACACAAAUCACAGUACAGCAUUCCUACUAUAAUCCGAGAUUCAAAUAUUCACCAGUGGGUUAUUCAUUUUAAAUUCUGUUACCCAGAUUACAGUUUUUAACACUGACGUCCUAUUUACUUCUGACCAUUUCUUCAGGGCAACCCAUGAAGGAAUAACUUUAACUCCAUAAGACACAACUCCCCUCUAAUCCAGAUCCCUACGUUACCUUUCUUCCCACUCAGCAUUUCAGGCAAUGUCUGAAAUGAUGGCUUCUCAAUUCCCUUAUGAUGGACCUAUGUCUUCACUUUCAUUUCUAGGUACCAGAAGAAAGCUUUUUAUAUAUGCACCCACCUAAGCAGGUAUCAGACAGGAAUUGAACAUGGGUUGUAGAUUGCAUGGCAGCCACACUGGGGGCAGAGGACAACAUUUAAAAGUACUGCUGUUAGCUGUUUUAAGUCCCUGAGUAUUGCCAUCAGCUGAGCCUGAAGUUGGGAAAAUUUUGUCCAGGCCAUAGCACCCUAGCCAUAAUACCUUUCUGAGAGACAGGGUACAGCUCCAGGCAUAAGUGGCUCAGCCUGGAAGUGUGCUGUAGUAGGUCCUCCUGCACAGACAUAGUGAUAUGUUUCCUAUAGAAGCAGAAGGUCCUAAGCUGGGAGCAGCAGUUCAGGGCAGGCAGCGUAGCAUAGAGUCUGCAAUCCCACAGGUCUCUUAAGUUCAGGGUCUAGAGGGUGAUGGCAGUGUUUACCAGUAGAACUUGGAGAGGCUGUGGGCUUAACUUUGUCCAGAUGAUGGCCCUCUGAUCCAGGUGUGUUAGCCAACCAGUGUUUGUUCAGUGGGACAGAUAGUUCAUGUCUAAAUCUAAAACUGGUAGUAAAUUAUUGACAGUUUCUUCUAGAAUGUCUUAAGGCAUCUGGGCAUCUGGUCCAGAUGGCCCUCUAGAAAGAAGAUAGCAUCCAUAUCAAGCUUCUAGAGCAGUCCUGGUGAACCCAUACAUGCAU